AUGACGCGAGCAGCUCCACGCACGAGCUCGGCGACCAGGCCGACAGCCCCCAGCAGCUGUCAAACUUGCUCACCAGCAGCAGGGACGGGUCCCCGAAGAAGGCCCACACGCUGGAGAGCGCCGCUGGAGUCGACGCCUCCCGCCACGUCGGCUUCGUGGACGCGCCUCCGCGCUCGAGAGCUUCUGGCGGCUCGGUCACGUCGAAGCAGACCCGCACGCUGGAGAGCUCCGCCGGAGGCAACGCCGCCAGCCACGCCGGCUGUGUGGACCCGCCUCCGCACUCACGCCUCAGCUCCGCCUCCGGCGCCUCGGUCGCGACCCCGCAACCGCAAGGCCCGCCUCUGCAUGAGCCGCGGACCACGGGGCACCCCGUGGCCCACCACGCGGCUCGAGGAGCCCGCCGACGCCGAGCUGCAGGCCGAGCCGGUCUCCCGCAGGCCGUCGAGACCCUCCAUCGUCUCGGGCGAGGACUGCAUCGGCACGCUGGUCGGGGCGGCGCUGCUGAAGGGGCGCGCCUCGCGGCGGUCGGGCCAGCACUCCCAGCCGAGCCAGGCGGACCAGCUCGCCCGGAACUCCUGGUCGCGCCCUGUGGCCGGCCUGUGGGACCGGCCCGAAGGUUACUUGCACACCCAGGCGCGCUCGCGGCCGCCGCAGUACCCGGAGCGCGCGAGCGUCGACGACGCGCGCGUGCCUUGGAGCGUCGCAUGGGAGGCCUACAGCCCGACCCCCUUCUCCGAGGGCGGCCUGGCCACGGCGGCGGGAGCGGACCCCGCGGACCCGCGCGGGGUGGCGGCGGAGCUGGCCCGCAGGAAGACCUUCGAGGGCGCCAUCGUCCUCGAGCCAGACACCGGCUGCCCCAUCAACCCGCUGGGGCGCACGGGCAUGCGCGGGCGCGGCGCGCUCCAGAGGUGGGGGCCGAACCACACCGCCGACCCGAUCGUGACGCGGACGGAGCCGCUCACUGGACGCCUGCAGGUCAUGGUGGCGCGAGCGGGUGCCGGGCUGUUCAGGCUCCCGGGCGGCGAGGUUGACCCGGGCGAGCUGGUGCCCGCCGCCGUCAUGCGCGAGUUCGCGCGGGAGGCCGACGCGCUCGCGGGCGGCGGGCACGCCGAGGGUCUCGCCGGGCUCCAGGAGCGGCUCUUCUCCUCGGGCCAGGUCGUGUACCAGGGGUACGCGGACGACGCGCGGAACACGGACAACGCCUGGGUCGAGACGGUGGCCUUCCACUUCCACUGCGACCAGCACCUGGGCGAUGCGCUGUCCCUGGAGGGCCGUGCCCCCGAGGACGCGGAGGCGCUCCGCAGGAGGGCGCGGGGUGUCUUCCUGGGGGCGCGGAGAGACGGCACCCUGCAGGGCGCCCUCGACAAGAUACACAAGGACGCCUCCAAGAAGAGCUCUUUGGCCUCGAGGAGCCGCCUGUCGUCGAGGGUCAGGAAGGCAGUCGGCAUGAAGGCCAUGCCCGCGCUCACUGAGGACGGCGGCUCGCCCGCCGCGCCUGGCCCGAGGGUCAGCAGCAGGGUUCGGGAGGUCGUGUGGCUGAACGUGGACCCGCAGGAGGAGGGCUACCAGAAGCUGCACGCCGGCCACCGCGACUGGGUCGACGCCGCGGCGGCGGAGCUCGCGCGACAGGGCAGGCUGCAGAGCCCGCCGCCCGACCGGGCGGCCCGGUCCGCGGCCACCGCGCCGAGCUCCAGCGGCGCCGGCCGCGGGCCGCUCGAGACGCGCGCGGGCCAGGGCGCCGAUCGGCUCUCGGAGGCGCCGCGCGACCGCGCCGCGUCCGCCGCGCAGCCCGGCGCCAAGGCCGGGGCCGCCGAGGGGGGCACGAGUGGCAAGAGGGCCAAGCGGGUUGUGCGCAUGGUGACGGGGUCGCUGCGCCCCGAGGGGGCGAUGGAGAACGACGCAUGCAGUUCACCCAGGAGCUCCAGGAGGACCCGCCCUCCGGCUGGGAGCGCGUCGAAGUCCGACAGCCGCGGUCCCGCAGCGCCUUCCAGUUCUGAGUGA